UGCUAUUAUAAUACAUUAUAUUGUUUCUAUUAUAGACAAAUGAUAGUAGCAAAAUACAAAAGUGAAAAAUAAUUGCGUAAAUAAUAUAUCAAACAAAGAUAUAGUUGCUUGAUUCUUCGAGUUCUAUACGACAGUUGACAUUUGAUUAGGAAAAUGGAUAUAUUUGACAAACAGUAUCAUAGCUAUCGUACUGUAAUGAAAAUUGUAGGAUUAUGGCCCUACAAUAAUUCGAUUUAUAUAUGGAUUCAAAGAUUAUUGUUAUUGACAUUCUUUCUUGGUAAUGUAAUAUUUCAGAUCGUGUCACUUUUAAAAUCCGAAAUUACGUUACGAAAUUGUAUUUUAAUAUUAUCUAUCACUUGUCCAUUUAUAAUAGUUUCGUUACGAUACGUAUGUUUUAUAGUAUUUUUUCCUACGAUAAAACUUUUAUUUCAUCAUAUGCGUGUGGAGGAAAAUAUAGUACAAGAUUUAAUAGAAAUACAAAUACGAACGAAAUAUAUCAACGAUUCCUGCCAUAUAAUCGAUAUUUUUUUCUGGGUGGCUUGUACAAAUAUUACAUUGAGCAGUAUAUCGUUAUUGUAUUUCAUAACAUUGAAUUUCAUAAUGCCUUUGAAUGAAUUUCGUAUCAUUCAUUAUAUUACAUUAUUUUCUGUCAAUCGAACCAUGUAUUUUAAUAUUUUAUGCUUGGAUUUUAUAUUUGUUGUAAUAUUUGCAUUAUUAUCCGUAAUAUGUACGGAAUCAAUAAUCGGACUUUAUAGUUAUCAUAUAAGUGUGUUGUUUAAAAUUAUUAACCAUCGAAUACAAAAGAUUAUUACGUACUUGACUAUAGUUAAUCUCUCGUCGAAGCAAAUUGAAACGAAACUCGCGGAGCUCUAUCGCGUGGUGGAUAUGCAUAACCAAGCUAUCGAGUUACUGGUAAAUGCGAUUAUAAUUAAGAAGGAUCAAUUAGAAAUUUCAAUCUCUUUUAUCUUUUUUGUCAAUCAAUUGAUAAUUAUGUUUUUAUGUAACCACAGCGGCCAGAUACUUAUAGACAACAGUCAAAAAUUAUUUAAUGAAUUAUACAUUUCUAUAUGGUAUUUUGUACCGUUAAAAGUACAAAAGAUUUUAUUACUGAUUAUGAUACGAAGCUCGACGAGAUGUAUGUUUCACAUCUUGGAUAUAUUCACUCCAUGCUAUGCAGGAUUUUCGAAGAUGUUAAGUACAUCGUUUUCAUAUUUUACCUUGAUAUAUUCGAUGCAAUAGAAUCGAUAGUAUCACAUUAGAUCUAUUAGUAUUGAAAUAAACAAUUAUUCUAUAUUUCAACAUGAUAUUUGUCCUUUAUUUU